AUGUUCGAAGAAAAAAUUGUUGGCGAAGGCAGUAUACCGCCUGAAUUUGAGGAUACCUAUAAUUUUGAUGAAUAUAGCAAUUUUUUAGAUAUUGAUAACAAUUUAAAUAUUAAUAACUUAAGCGAAGAUGAUAAUUUAAAUGAGGAUGAUAAUUCAA